AUGUACCUCUUGUUUAUAGCUGCUCUUUUCUUUUCUGUUCAUGGGGCUGAUACCUCCAAGAUUUGCCCCCAUCUAUGCUUCUGCUAUGAAUCCUCCAGUUUUGUGGACUGUCACAAUCGGCACUUGGCCCGUGUUCCUCAUGGCAUCCCUCACAAUACAUGGAUGCUGAACUUGAGACACAACAACUUGAGUGGGCUAGAGGUAGGCUGCUUUGAUUCUUUGUGGUCUUUGAAGAUCCUUCUUCUGUCCCACAAUUCCAUUGCAAAGAUUUGGCCCCAAACAUUCACGUCCCUGAGUUUCCUGGAGAAGAUGGACCUCAGCUACAACCUGCUUGCUCGCUUACCACAUGACUUCUCAAAUGAAUUGACUUCCCUGAAGGAUCUUAAGGUGGCCCACAACUGUUUGAUAGCUUUGGGUUUUGAAAGCUUGCAGUAUAUGGAGAACUUGGAGAAACUGGACUUGAGCCACAAUCUGGUCUCUUCAAUUGAGAAAGGAACUUUCCGAGGACUCUCCAGGCUCCGACAUCUCUACCUUCAGGCUAACAGGCUUACAGUUAUCUAUAAUGGCUUCUUUUUUAUGCUCCAGAACCUGGAAGUUCUUUUGCUUAACAGGAACAACAUCAGCUUCAUUGAAGUGGAGGCUUUCACUUCAUUGCACAACAUGAAUUUUCUGGCUUUAACUGGCAACCGGCUCAUCCACCUAAAAUUUAAGACUUUCCUGAAUAUCCAAACAGUCAGCACCCACAUCCAGCUGGCUGGUAACCCAUGGGCCUGCGACUGUGAUCUCCAAAGGGUUUUUGGCAAAAUCACGAGUGUUCGGCAUCUUCAUGUGGAUGAUUAUGAGAACCUCACCUGUUUCAGUCCUUGGCAAUUAGCUGGCUUGCCUCUUGUUUCUGUGGACAGUCAGCUGUGCAUGGCAGAGACAGCCACUGUCUUGGUGAUCACAGUUACUGUCCUGGUGACAGUGAUUGCUGCCAUUGUGAUGGCAGAAAGGAACAGGAAGAAGAAUCAGGAGAAGAACUGGAAUGAAUUGGAAGGGCCUUUUGACUCGCAGGAGAAAUAAGACAAGAGACAUGAAAUAGUCUUUUGGUGCUUUUCAAAUGUUGUUUUACUAUGAUUCUUUAAACCUGAUCUAAAAUUCCAAAUUCUGCUUGUUUUUUUUUUUUUUAGUCAACUUGGCUAAAAUUCCAGAUGUGCUGGAAUUGCUUGUGGCUCCAUGGGCAUCCACAGCAGGGGCAAGUGAUGUCACGUGCAUGACGACAUCAUUGCACAAAUGAUGCAAAUUAUGUAAUUUGCAUUCAGUCAUGUUGUGCCUAUUACAUAUAUUCUUUGUGCUGUCUGUUUAUGUAUUUAUUUGAUUUAUAUUCUGCCUUUCAUUCAAGGUGACAAAGAUAGUGCUUCCUCCUCCUAUUCCCCCCCCCAACAAUAAUCCUAUGCGCUAGAUCGAACUGAA